AUUACCAAAUCUGAAAUGGUAUCAGAGCCGCCAUAAAUACAAACCCUAAAAUAUCCAAUCAUCUCCCAUGGCUGCGGACAAAAGCGACGGAUCGAAAAAGGAGGCAGAAUCCGUUGAUUCAAACUCACCCUAUUACAUCCAUGCCUCGGAUUAUCCAAAACAGAUGCAAGUUAACGACGUCCUCACUGACAACAACUACAGCGAUUGGGCUCAAGAAAUGAUGAAUUUCUUGUUCGCCAAAAACAAAAUUGGAUUUAUCGAUGGAUCAAUUUUAAAACCCGAGAAGACAGACCCAAAAUAUAUGUUGUGGAUGAGGUGUGACGCCAUGGUAAAGGGGUGGCUCACAACUGCAAUGGAGAAGGACAUUCGCAGCAGUGUCAAAUACACCAACACAGCCUCUGAGAUGUGGAACGAUCUUAUGGAAAGAUUUGGGAAAGAAAGCGCACCAAGAGCAUAUGAGCUGAAACAAUCACUCACGGUCACUCGCCAGGAUGGAGCUACAGUCUCAGCAUAUUUCACUAAAUUGCGGGGACUGUGGGAUGAAAUCCAAUCUGCUCUGCCCAUUCCACGCUGUUCUUGUGGAGGGUGCACUUGUCAAAUUGGGAAGAAACUUGUUGAGCUCCACGAAAAGGAGAGGCUGUAUGAAUUCUUGAUGGGACUUGACAUGGAAUUUGCAGUUAUACGAACUCAGAUUUUAGCCAUAAAACCCUUACCGAGUCUGAGUAAUGCUUAUCACCUUGUUGCCGAGGAUGAGAAACAACGACAAGUUGCCAUCUCCAGAAACUCGUCCCAGGAAGUUGCAGCCUUUCAAGCCUUUGAGCCAACAAGGCGCGACACACAGCAACAGAAGAAACCAUGGCACAAAGGGGACAAGAAUGUUUUCAGUAAAAGAGGUGAGCACUGCAACUUCUGUGGACGAGAUGGACAUAACCGUGAGGGUUGUUUCAAGAGAAUCGGAUACCCAGAUUGGUGGCCAGGAAAAGGGAAAGAAAAAGAAGGCCUCAAGCCCAAGGUGGCUGUUGCAGAGAUGAGCACCAGUUCCAUAUCGGGCUUGACGGAGGAACAAUACAGGAUGUUCUUGAGGCACUUCAAUGAGGGCAGCGGUCUCACAAACGAAGAAGUUUCCCCCAUAGCCAACAUGACAGAGUUUGAAAUCGAGGAACUUGAUUGGGUCGGGUAGGUGCAGUGGAGGCCUUUACCGAAUGAGGGAAAUGAAGGGAAGAAAAGCUUUUGCAGUUG